AUGCCGAAGACGAAACAAAUAGGUGGAAGAGCAAAGCAGAGAAGGCCACAAGCCGACAGGCCAGAAAAUAUUGGAGCAGAUCCAGAGCCAGAGACCGCUGAGAGAGAUAAGUCCCUCCAGUCAUCCAUAUCAAGUGUCGAUGGCAUCCCUGAGACACAGCAGGAUACACUUGACACCCAGAGACAGCCAUCCAGUGAGGAAGAGGCUACCCGGCAGCAGAAGAAGCGGGUCCGGGUAUCCAAGAAGGAAAUCCCUGAGUACCGCUGGACAGAUGAGGGGGAGAGGGGGUUGGCUGACCUCAUCAAGGAAUACCCCCAGCUGUAUGACAAGAAGCAAAAGGAGUGGCUUAACGUGGCGACCAAGAACAGCCUACAGUCCCCAGUGAGCAGUUUGUCCCCUGAGUCAGCCACAGUGACGAGCAGCGACGAUGAGGAUAAUGAUGUCCAGUCUACAGGGUCCCAGAGCCAGGCAUUUACUACAACAGGCAAGGGCAAGGGAAGCGGUCCAGGCCCCAACAACAGAGACAGCCACCACAACCGCCGUCACUACCACCACAUCGGGGUCACCCACAUUGACCUCAGUGAAGCUGUCAGGCAGAUCCUCUCCAAAGCAGACUCCCAGGGCGCCAGCCACUCCUACACCGGCCACCAGAAGAUCGUCCAUGAUUUCGUGUGCCUGCUGGAAGGGCACAUGCAGGGCAUCCCGGAGGAAUCCUGGCACGAGUUCCAGAUUGACUGCCUCAACCUGGUCCACCGUUACAGGCAGCGGCGUCCGCUCUUCCAGCAAUCACAGCAACAACCACCCAUGAUCUGGCAAGGCCCACAGCAGCAGCAACCCUGGCAGCCCCUUCAGCAGCAGCAGUUCUGGCACCCCCCUCAACCGGCCACCUGGCAGGCACCGCCACAGCAGCAGCAGCAGCAGCAGCAACCUCCAGCAAGUCAGCCAGCACCUCAACCCUUGUUGCCGCCCCAGCCACCACUGGCCUCCCAGUCUUCAGGCCAGUCGUCCUGGACACGGACCACUGAGUGGGAACCACGGAUGCCACCUGCCCCGUCAGCGACUCUUGUCCAGUCGCCAUCACCAACCCCUUUAGUGUCGCCGUCAGUCAUCUUAAAGACACCUGUGACAUCACCCAGCUUCCCGGGCCUGACCCCAGGGUCGGUAGGCAGCAUCCUAGAGAGGAGUUCACCCUCAACCCCCUUCACCUCCAAGGACCUUAACACCCCGAAAGUCCACCGUGUAUCCCCAGGCAGCGGUCCCAGCAUCAGCAAGGACACUGAGUGAGACACUUUGAAAAUGUUGUUUGUUGUUUUCAUGUUAAUAAAGUUGACUACUUUAAAACACUUGUUUUCAUUUUCACAUUAAAAUAAAGUUAGCCACAAAUAAAAGAGACACCAAAAAGGAAAAGAAAAGAAAAAUAAACGAGAAAGAUUUUAUUUCAAUAGUGGUACAAAUAUAGAUGCAGCUCAUGGGGAUACCAUUCUUUCUUGCCAAGGGACGGCACCAGCAGGGGACAUGUAGUAAUGUGACAGGUAGUCUCGCUGAUCCUUCGCCUCCCUCGCUGAAUGGUGGCCUGGUAGAGGCAUCAGCCCCAGCAGCUGCUGGUCGAGUCUCCAUCUACCAGGGAUCAGAUCAUAUGUGUCCGGAUCUUCGCGGUCCACUUCUGGAAUUGCAUGUGGGUAUCUGAUGAGGAGGAGGUUGUGUAGGACACAGGCGCACAUGGUGAUCAGGUUGAUGUUGUCGGGGUGCUGCUGCAUUGUUGUCAAGAAGCAACGGAACCUGUGAGACAAGAUUCCAAAGGCAUUCUCCACAACACGACGGGCACGAGACAAUCUGUAGCUGUAUAUGCGUUCUCGAUGGACCUGUGAUCGGUGGGAGAAUGGUUUCAU